AUGCGUCGUGUGUUUCAUACAUCGGCCAAACAGUCUGGCUGGUUCCAAGGCCUCUUUAAGCGUGCCAAACAAUCGAAACCAAAAAAUGUCCACGAAACUGAUAUUUAUGACCAUCUUCCCAUUCUCCCUGCCAAACCCUCAACCUCUGCCCCCACUCGCCCAUCUCGCGUAAAGCUUCCUACAUUCGCGUCGAAACCAAAGAACAAGUCAGAAACGCUCGACAUUCUCAACAAAGUCGCUGCUGAACACGCUCCCCGGCUGAACGAACCCUUUCGAAAUGCCCAGGCUCAGUUCUCUGCGGUGAAAUUCGCAUACAGACUCACAGGACACCGUGUGCCUGACUCCCACUUGCCUUCUAUUGCGUCCUGGGCCGACUUGAUUUCCUGCUAUCGGAACACGGUCAACUACGGCGACACUACUCUCCGAGCCCGGCGAACUUGGACACCGACAUGGUCCGCCCCGAACGUGAUUUUUCACGAUCAAUCAUAA